GCUGGUGCACUCCGGCCCGUCCAAGGGCUCCCUGCCCUACGACGCGGAGCUCUCCUUCGCCCUGCGGACGGGGACCCAGAAGGGGGUGGAGACGCACCUGUUCAGCGUGGAGACGCACCGGGACCUGGCGACGUGGACGCGGAUGCUGCGGCGGCUCCAAGCCCUGCGCCGGGGCGGCAGGAGCGAGGGGGGGGGAGCACGGGGCCGGCAUGACGCCUUUCUGCCCCGCUCUCUUCCAGCCUGCACGUGGAACGGGCGGGACUGCACCUUGUCCAUCCACAUCGACAAAGGCUUCACCGUCUUCACCACGGAGCCCGGGCUCAGCAGGACCAUCCUGCUGCAGCAGCCCUUCGAGAAGCUGCAGAUGUCCUCCGACGACGGGGCCAAGAUGCUCUACCUGGACUUCGGCAGCGCGGAGGGGGAGAUUCAACUGGACCUUCACUCCUGCCCCAAAACCAUCGUCUUCAUUAUCCACUCAUUCCUGUCCGCCAAAGUGACCCGGCUCGGGCUGCUGGCCUAGGCGCCUGGGGAGGAGCCCGAGAGAGAAGGCCGAACCUCCGAGAUCUAUGCAUAUGGCCAGUCCUGGCCAGCGCCACAUGAAAGCCAUUCGGACAAGAGGCGCACAGCUGGGUAAUAGCCACAGCCCAGGAAAACUUCUCACUAUUCAGGACCCUUGGCCCAAUCCCCACCACUGCUGGUCUGCCUCCUGCCAGCCCGGGGACGAGUCUCUGCUCCCAGCGUGCUUGCCCCGGGUGUUCUCCACAGCGUCGCUCAAGAACUAACGACAUUCCCACCGCGAGAACAGCGCUCGAAACAAGCCUGAGAAAUAGCCAUGCCGGACACGCAGCCCCCGGGUCCGCCCUCACUCUAGUGCCUUGGGAGAUGAUAUUUUCUGUACGAGAACCAGUUUGUAUCAACGUUUUAUAUUUCUAGAGCUCCGUUGGAAAGGGGGAAGUGGCAACUUUCCCCGUAUUUUAACCCUCCUUUGUCAUCAAAUGAACUGUAGAUUAGCUAUUUAAACACGCAUCUCUUCCUCGGAGACCCAUUUUGGAAACGGCUGGCUUGGAGACCUGAGCCAACUUUGUAUUCUUUUGACAGAUGGGGACUAGGGAGGAUAAAGUAUAUUUGCUGAUUUAUACGACUCUGUAACCAGUUAGAAGAGCCUUCAUUUAACCCCCUUUUUAUUCAUUAGAUUUGGAUGGUGGUUUUGCUAACUCCGAGCGCCUUGAAAAUUUUACUUUUUGGUUUAAUUUUUGGAGGGGGGGGCUGUCAGGUGGGCAGUCAGAACCAAUUUGUUUUAUGAACGAAAAGUUCAUGCAUGAAAAUCCUUUUUUCCCUCCUUUUCUUUUGCGAAAUAAACAUCACAAACGAUGACAGACA